UCGAUGCUCCGGCCGUGGGCGCGAUGGAGAGCGGGUGCUGGUGGCCCGGCGGCGAGUUCGAGGACUCGGUGUUCGAAGAGAGGCGGGAGCGGCGGCUCGGACCGCCCGCGCCCUACCGCGCCAAGUGCUGCGAGCCGCAGUGGUUUUACGAAGAAACGGGGAGCAGUGAUGAUGUUGAAGCUCUAACUGUCCAGAAGUUCAGAGGGGACCUGGCCUACAGACGGCAAGAGUACCAGAAGGCACUGCAGGAGUAUUCCAGUAUCUCUGAAAAGUUGCCAUCCACGAAUUUUGCCAUGAAAAGGGAUGUCCAGGAAGGCCAGGCUCGGUGUCUGGUUCACCUGGGAAGGCACGUGGAAGCGCUGGAGAUUGCUGCGGACUUGGAAAAUAAAGCAACUAACACAGACCAUUUAACCACCGUGCUCUACCUCCAGUUUGCUAUUUGUUCAAGUUUGCAGAACUUGGAGAAAACAAUUUUCUGCCUACAGAAACUGAUUUCUUUGCAUCCUUUUAAUCCUUGGAACUGGGGCAAAUUGGCAGAGGCUUACCUGAAUCUGGGGCCAGCUCUUUCAGCUUCGUGUGCGUCAUCUCAGAAGCAGAACAGUUUUACCUCAAGUGAUAAAACUAUCAAAUCCUCCUUUCCACACUGGGGAAAACACCGUCUUUUGUGUUUCCCUGACACGUUGCCUGAGAACUCUUUGUUUCCCAUGGAAGCAAGCAGCUGUGAUAACCAGAAGAAGGAGAAAGCUCUUAAAAAUGUUCAAAUCUGUACGGCAGAAAAGAGAGAAGCAGUGUUGCUAGAGAAUCAGAUGAAAGCAUGUGCUUCUUUUAUACGAACCAGGCUCCUGCUGCAGCUCGCCCAGGCUCAGCAAGCCUCGUUUGCUUUGGAGAGGAACUUGAGGACUCAGCAGGAAAUUGAAGAUAAAGUGAAAGGGUUCAGCUUCAAAGAAGACGCUUUGCUGCUGAUAGCUGAGGUUAUGGGAGAAGAUAUUAUCCCAGAAAAACUAAAAGACGAGGUUUGCACCGAGGUGAAGUGCGUUGGCCCAGCAGCCCUGAGUGGCUUGGUGAUCGCAUCUUCGGAAGAAUUUGAAGACAAGUGGUUCAGGAAGAUAAGAGAGCACUUGCAUGCCUUUGAAAAUCAGUUCCAUACAGAGAUACACAUCUUGGCUUAGUGGGCUCUUUAAAAACAACACAAGACAUCUUGCACUGUAUUAAUUGUCCUUGUUUACUUCAGACAGAAUCCACUGCUAAUCAUGGAACAUAGUGAAUUAAAAGUGACUAUUUAUGUUUUAUAAAAAUGGCUUGUCUCCCAGAUUAUUUCUACUGUGUUCAGUUUCUUGAUUUUUUUGUUUUCUCUUAAGAUUUUUGUCAUUCGUUUAUCUUGUGCCUACUACCCCUUUAGAAGAUAUGUUGGGAAAGUGUAUAAAAGAGGCUUUUAGAUUCUGUAGUCUUUUAAAAACAGUUACUGUAUUGUAGGCAGCAAUGUAAGUAUCCGCGUUGUUUAGGUAGAUUCAUCAGGAAUGAGCAAGAAUGUCGAAAUGUAACAGUAAAGCAUUUCUAGGAAGGGUGUGUCAAGGUCUGAGAAGGCGCUGAGGUUUUACCCUGUCAGCACGGUAGCCUGCCCGUCCGUGGAUACUGCAGGGGCCUUCACUACUCAUGGCCCAGCAAGCCCGUUUCUCAUCCCACCAGCUACACCAUGAGCCUGUUUGUAUCACUUCUUCCUUCCAGGUCCCAAGCGGGUAACGCACACGGGUUCAAACCGCUGAGUCACACAUGCUGGUUGCCUCGUAGGAGAGGAAGCCUGAGCUCAGGGAACUCAGUCUUCUGUAGUGGGCGCUAAGUGUGUUCACCCUCAGCUCCAGAGGAGGACGCUGUCUCUUUUUGAAGGCUGUUUGCUAUGCAAACAUCAUCGGAAAGAUCGUCUGGAGUGAAGGGCAGCUAGCGCGUUGCUCACAAGAUGUACAAAAACACAAGAGACCCGUGGAGCACUGUCUCCCAGGGUGACUUUCCCAUCCUUUCAGCCACACAAGUUAUAAUCACAGUCUGUAACCGCAUCUUCAAAGACGAAGGGCCAUCACCUUACUUGAAUUAUCUGGGAUGGGAGAGCUCCCUUUGAGAGACGGAAGUCAAUAAUAAACCAAAAACUUCAUCCAGUGUUGCCCCACGCAGCUUUCUAUUUUUCUCAGCGCAAGGAGAAUUCCAGCCCCGGGCAAGAAGGCUCAGUCACCAGGAUUUCCCUUCUGCUCCGCCUGCUGGCUGCAACCUUCCCAGGCCAUCCCCACGCAGACAAAGGUCUGAUUUUGUUUGUAUUUUGACUCCUCUUUUAGUA